GGGGGAAUCAACGAAAUCCCGUGAGUUUUCCUGUGUGACGCUCUUGAUUGCUACGGCUGAAUAGUAGCAGCAAAAUAUCAGAACCAUUCAUGAUGAGUUAUAGUGAAAAGCCGGAGGACAUAACAAGAGAAGAGUGGAUGGAGAAGCUCAACAAUGUCCACAUUCAGAGGGCCGACAUGAACAGGCUCAUCAUGAACUACUUGGUGACAGAGGGGUUUAAGGAGGCAGCUGAGAAGUUCCGUAUGGAGUCUGGGAUUGAGCCCAGCGUGGACCUGGAUUCUCUGGACGAGAGGAUAAAGAUCCGGGAGAUGAUCCUGAAGGGACAGAUACAGGAGGCCAUCGCACUCAUCAACAGCAUGCACCCAGAACUACUUGACACUAACCGCUACCUGUACUUUCACCUACAGCAGCAGCACCUGAUUGAGCUGAUCCGUCUGAGGGAGACUGAGGCAGCACUAGAGUUUGCUCAGUCCCAGCUGGCAGAGCAGGGGGAGGAGAGUAGAGAGUGUCUGACAGAGAUGGAGAGAACCUUGGCCCUGCUGGCCUUCGACAACCCUGAGGAGUCACCCUUCGGAGACCUCCUCAACACAAUGCAGAGGCAGAAGGUGUGGAGUGAAGUGAACCAGUCUGUGCUGGACUAUGAAAACAGAGAGUCAACGCCCAAACUGGCCAAGCUCCUCAAACUACUCCUGUGGGCUCAGAACGAACUUGACCAAAAGAAAGUAAAGUACCCCAAAAUGACAGACCUCAGCAAGGGCACGAUCGAGGACCCAAAGUGAGAGGACACCAGGCUGUGUAUGCUGGUGGAAACUAAUUGGACUCCCCUCCUACCUAUUUAUACUCUGACAGAGACUGACUGAAACAAUAUGUUUUCUUUCUUUGUGUGGGUUGCUUUUUGGGAGACUUUGAUAACAUGGACUGUACAAACUAUCCAGUUUGUAUUUUAGUGACUUGCUGCCUGAAACUUCAAUAUCGGAAAUAUAAACCCUUGUAUUUUAAUGAAGUAAAAUGAUAAGACUUUCGUUUCAUGUCUGCAAUAGAUAGUUGUAUAUGAACAUUUCCUUUUUGCAGAUUUCACAGUUACACUAUUUUUUUUCUGUCUACUGGCAGGGAAAGUUAGCCAUCUUUGCAUAUGGAUGGUGUGUUAAAGCCUAAAUUAGGCUCUUGGGACUAUAACGUGUUAACUAAUCAACAGAAAUGAAUGAGGUUGGGGUAGAACAAUUGGUUCCCAUUGCUGUGGUCCGCUGUCUCAAUUACAGUACAUUUUGUUUUUCUCAACAACAAAAAACAUGCACAUUUCAGUUUCUCAUUAAUUCUAGUGUAGGGGCCAAAGCUGGGCACUGACGGAAUGCUUCUAAGCUGCCAGUACCCUGUAAUGUUGUCAGGGUUUUGUUGCAACCUUAGCUUUCAUCCUGUGUUAUCUUGAAACAACAAGAUAAUAAUGUGAAUACAUAGAGACAUACAUUUAGUUCAUGUUGACAGUAAUGCAACGGGAUUAUUUACAUUAUGGAAUAAAAUACUAUUUUGGAACACUU